AUGUCGUCUUCGUUAUCGCCCACCGACAAAUGCUACGUAUGCAAAGUGCGCGACCCUGUGCCUUCCAGGACUCGUGAUCCCUCUACACUUGAAACUUGUGAUAUCGUAGUGGAUGUUGGUGGAGUGUACGAUCAUUCGAAGAAGCGCUAUGAUCACCAUCAGAGAGAGUUCGAUGAAACUAUGCAAACUCUACGUGUACUAGAUUUCAACACCAAAUUGAGCUCUGCAGGCCUGGUAUACGUUCAUUACGGGAAACAACUCAUAGCUGAGAUGCUCGGGACAUCUCACGAAGACAAGAUGGUGGGCAUUUUCUAUAGGAAACUAUAUGAGACAUUUGUUGAAGCCAUAGAUGCAAUUGAUAACGGGAUACCACAAUAUGAUGGAAUUCCAAGAUACCAAACAAGUGGCGGUAUUUCCGGGCGGGUAGGCCACCUAAAUCCGCACUGGAAUGAAGUGGACGUCAAUCCUGAUGAACGGUUUCUGCAAGCAAUGGAACUAAUCGGAGGCGAAUUCGAAGCCAACGUCUCAUAUUUGGCUAAUGUUUGGUGGCCUGCUCGAGAAAUUGUUGACAGCAGCGGACGAAUUGUUUAUAUUUCGUGUGGUGGCGUUCCAUGGAAAGAACACUUCUUCCAACUUGAGGAGGAAAAGGGCUUGGUGUCUCGAAGAAUGACGUACAUAAUCUUUGAAGAUACAACGGCCAAGAACUUCCGGAUACAAGCUAUACCUAAUAAUAGGUUAUCAACUUUUGACAACAGGUGA